UGUAUAUACUCGGGUAUUUUUGUUUAAAUCCGGGUAUUGGAAUUUCGAUUGACAGAUGGGCACAUAUAUAUAGAGAGAGUGUUUAUUUGUUUAUCUUUCCGGUAAUUUGAUAACAUUGACCUGACCUGUGUUCAAAUGAAACUAUCUAUGUGAGGAGAGAUGUCUGCUUAUGGAAAUGAUUGCCAAUUGUUCUAUGACACAAGCUCAGGAUGUGAAAAGGGAGACAGAUGUCCGUUUAGACAUAGUGAGCCAGCUAGGUCGAGCUUCGUUACUUGUAAUUUUUGGCAGAAAGGGAGAUGCACUAAAUCUAACUGUAAAUUUAGACAUUCAGUAGUGAAACCAAAGCAGAAAAACCGCCAACUGAUACCUUGCUGGCAUGAAACACAACCAUCAGGUUGUACACGACCAGGCUGUCCUUUUAAGCACUCAAAACCUGACCCACUAAAUCAGUAUGGGUAUAAAGAAACACUUUCUGCUACCCCUGCAGUGGCAUCUUCGGAAACUGGUUCUGAUUUUUAUGAGCCUUCAAGGUCACCGAGUGUCCCUAUUUCUAUAAGCUGUACGAGCAAUAGUAUUAUGAUGUCGUGGACAGAACCAGAAGAAGACAGUGGUUACACUAAUGGAUAUAAAAUUGUCUAUAGAGAAUGCAAUCUUGGUGAUUCAAGAUGGAAAUCUAUUAUCACGGAAAGUAAACGAACAAUUUACACAGUAAAAGACCUGAAAGGUGAUACCCAAUAUGAGUUCAAGAUUUGUUCUAUUGACAGAGAUGAAAAAGACGGAUAUUUCAGCAACCCAGCAGUCGCAUUCAUCACUAAGUCAUCUCUAUCACAUUAUGUUAAAGGUUUAGCAAAGACAGUAAGACGUUCAGAUCCCGAAAUUUAUAAAAUUCCGUUUCAAAAAACUAAAGGUGGCACAAAUAAUGCAGCAAAAACACAGAAAUGUUAUUUUGGACAAAAGAGACCGGGCACUAGUGGUAAAACCAUAAUGCUUGUUGGAGCUACUGGAUCUGGAAAAAGUACACUGCUUGAUGGAAUGAUUAAUUAUAUUUUUGAUGUUUCCUGGGACGAUGAAUUCAGAUUUACGGUUGUUGAAAUGUCGGAUGAGGAAAAAACAAGAUACCAUGACCAGACUAAGUCACAAACUGAAUGGAUCACCAGUUAUACCAUCAGAACAAUGAGUGGAAGUAAUAUUGACUACGAUUUGCAUAUAGUGGACACUCCAGGCUUCGGCGACACACGUGGGGUUGUCAGAGAUAAAGAAAUAGUUGAUCAAAUAAGGCAGUUCUUUACCACAAAAGGAAGCCAAGGCAUUAUGUAUUUAGAUGCAAUAUGUUUUGUUAUACAAGCACCCCUUGUUCGAUUGACGCCGCCACAAAGGUAUCUUUUUGACGCAAUUUUAUCGAUAUUUGGUCAAGAUGUUGUUAAUAACAUUUACGUAUUAAUAACAUUUGCAGACGGCAAGCAACCGCCAGUUAUUGAUGCUUUGCGAGGUGCGAAAGUACCAUUCAAACACUUUUACACGUUUAAUAAUUCCGCACUUUUCUCUUCAAGACAAAUCUCUCAAGAAUCAGAAUUUGCCAGUCUCUACUGGAAAAUGGGGAGAGAAAGUUUUAGUGUAUUUUUUGAAGAACUGCGAUUUACACAGACUAAAAGCUUACAGUUGACAAAGCAAGUCUUACAACUUCGACAAAAUAUUGAAGCUACAGUUCAAGGAUUGCAACCGCAGAUUCAUGAAGGUCUGCACAAGCUGAACACCAUUGAACAAGAAAAGGAAAUUCUAAGGCGACACGAAAGAGAAAUAGAAGCUAACAAAAAUUUUAUGUAUGAAGUAGACGAAAUUCGCAUGAGAAAAAUAGAUUUAACUGCUGGAACCUACGUUACCAACUGUCUGACUUGUAACAGAACAUGCCACUUUCCCUGUCGCAUACCAGAAGACAGAAAUAAGAUGCAAUGCGCUGCUAUGAACGAUGGCCACUGUACAGUUUGUCCCAAGAAAUGUUUCUGGGAUAUUCAUCGAAACAAUGAUUUUCGUUUCGAAACCUAUUCAGUGAAGGUGAAAAGUUCUUAUGAAGUGUUAAAACGAAAAUAUUUGCUAGCAAGAAUUGGUAAAGAAAGACAAACCUCUAUUGUGGAUAGUGUCAAAUUGGCAUUCACAGAACUCUACAACAAAGUCCAGGAAAUGAUGAAUGAUGUUCGCUGUUAUAUAAAUAAACUGAAUGAAAUAGCCCUGCGACCAAAUCCAUUGAGUGACGUUGAUUAUAUUGAUCUUCUUAUACAGAGCGAAAAGAAUGAAAAGAAAUUUGGAUGGAAGGAGAGAAUAAAUUUCUUCGUUGACAUGAGAGAGAAGGCAGAAAUCAUAAGAAAAAUAGCAAGAAAAGAAACAUUCCACCCACUUGUUCGAUGGAAAAGAUGCGUUCAACAUAGUCACCAAAUAGAAGAAGAAGAAGAAGAAGAAGAAUUGUUUAUUAUAGUGCAACCUGAAUAUAAAGUAUAUCGUUACAUUAAAUACAUAAUAUAAAUCUUCAGCCAGCCAAAUAGGCUUACGAUGCACUGUUUUGAAUCGUUAUUUAUCAUUUAAU